AUGGCAUCCCUUGUCACCCGAGUGGCACCAGCAUCAGCACCAACCGGACUGUCUUUUAUCGCAAGGUCGAUCUUAAACAGCCCGACUGACAAUAACAACGUGACGGCUGAAUCCAAUUCCCCUAUUGCAAAGCCGGAACACACAUGCGUUCGCGAGGCUCUUGUUGCAUUGGCGAACUGGCGCCAGCACUGCGACGGGCCCGGCAUCCCGCCCACCAAGUGUUGGACACGGGCCCCGAAUAUUGAACGCUGCUGCGGCAAAUGGGUCGACACCAACGACGAAAAGUACAAGGACUAUCCCCCAGUCCGCACCAGCAAGGAGGUUCAAAUCGGGAAGACGGCGUGGGAGUGGCGAUGGAAUCCCAAGACGGCCAAGAAGGGCCACCGCCGUGAGAUUGUUUUACAGAGUGUGGACGAGUACAACACUGGCAAGACGGAGUGCAAGCGCUGGCGGCCCGAGAGUGAAGGUGUCUUCUUCGCCUACAUGCAGCAUCUGAGGGAGUAUGGGAUCUUCGAUGCAGACAACACCGGCAAGGUCAUCGACAGCAAAUCGGCUAGAUACAACCCUGAGGGUGGAGGGUACUACGACGACGGCCAACAGAAAUACCCGUCCUUGGGAGACGGGCCGCCAAUAGGAUGGUAG